UUUUUAUUUUACCGUUGCAGAGAAGAAUUUAUUCAAGCACUUCUUAUCGACUACGACAGUAGAAUACAACCAAAUUUUGAAAAUGAUUCCUAUACCGAUGUAAACGUCAGCCUCUUCAUCAACAGUGUAGACUCCAUCAGUGAGCAGACAAUGGAUCUUCAGCUGAACAUGUUCAUACAACAAGAAUGGAUAGACGCCCGUCUACAGUUUUACGAACUCAUCGACUCGGCAUAUCUCGAACUCGACUCCAAAUUGAUUGAUCUGAUCUGGGUUCCUGACCUCUACGUUACCAACGAAAAGAAGGCGUCAUUUCAUGACGUGACAGUGCCCAACAAAAUGCUCCACCUUUACGAGAACGGUCGGAUCGUGUAUCGAUUACGGGUGUCCAUUACCACCUCAUGUCCGAUGAAGCUCCACAAGUACCCACUAGACUCUCAAAUUUGUGCGCUCUACAUGCAAAGUUUUGCCUUUACCAGAAACAAUUUACGAUUCCGUUGGCGUAAGGUUAAUCCGAUACAAACCAACGAAAAUAUGGAACUCCCGCAAUUUGAUCUCACUGAGCACCACGUUUCGGAAUGUUUAAGCUUUGGAGGUGAUACUGCAGGUAACUUUACGUGCAUUCAGAUGCAAAUGCAUUUCGACAGGAACAUCGGCUAUUUUGUCAUACAAGUCUACAUCCCCACCAUACUUAUAGUGCUUCUCUCCUGGGUAUCCUUCUGGCUCAGUAUUGACGCGGUCCCAGCUCGAAUCUCACUUGGAAUUCUCACAGUUCUUACACUUACCAACCAGAGGACAAACCUAGCGUCGUCCGUACCGCAGGUUUCAUAUAUCAAGGCACUUGAUGUGUGGAUGGCUGUGUGCUUAGGAUUCGUCUUUGCCGCCAUGUUGGAAUACGCCCUGGUCAAUGUCAUGGAGCGGAAGGACGUGAAGAAAAGUGACAGUUUUGAUCCCGAUUUAUCCAAAGUGAAAGUUCGGAAACGAGGAGAGCGAAUCGAUCGGAUUUCCAGGCUUGCCUUCCCGCUGGUUUUCAUCAUAUUCUGUGCAUUGUACUGGAUAGUUUACACUGUCUAG